GGUUCCCUCCUGCCUACAAGUUACAACUACAAUCAAAGGAUUUUGUUGUUGUUUUAGGGUUUCACAAAAAGAGAAGGCGAUGGCGAAACCUGCAGCAGAGGUGGAAGAGCUCCCGAAGGCUAUCGUGCGAAGAGUGGUAAAAGAUAAGAUCUCCCAGUCAUCAGAGGAAGCAGAAAUCUCUGUUAACAAAGACGCUCUUCUCGCUUUCUCCGAGAGUGCAAGGAUCUUCAUUCAUUAUCUCUCUGCUACGGCAGAUGACAUAUGCAAAGAUUCAAAGAGACAAACUAUCAAUGCGGACGAUGUUUUGAAAGCGAUUGAAGAAAUUGAAUUUCCGGAGUUUAUUGGGCCUCUGAAAGCCUCUUUAGAUGCUUUUAGAAGAAAGAAUGCUGCAAAGAAAGCAGUAGCAGCAAAGACAACGGAUGUGAAGAAGAAAAGGAAAAUGGAAAAUAAGCCCCCAGAGAAAAAUGGAGAUAGAGAGGAUGAGGAAGGUGAUGGUGAAGAAGGCAAUGAAGGUGACGGUGCCGAUAUUAAUGACUGAGUGAAAGUAAUUUAAUCAUGUCAUUACAGGUUUACCAUUUCUGUACAGUGAGGCAAUGCUGUAAAAUGUCAACUGCAUCAUUUGCUAGUUGUUUUGCAAGCUAAAAGUUUUCAUACCAGGCAUCAGCUUGCCGUUUCUCAAAACUGGCGACUUGCGUUUGUUAUUUUGCUGUCAUUGUACCAUUGCUUUUCUUUCCACUUGGGUGCUUCCCAUUCUUAGACAAAGAUGCAAUGAACAAACUGGCUUCAAUGCGCUCAA